AUGAAUAAUUAUCCAUAAAAUGGAAAUUUUUAGGUUUUUCCUAUCCCAGAGAACAUUAGAAUCUUACAAAAUUUUAAGAGGUGGAGGAGAACUGGUGAAAAUUUGAAUGGAGCCCUCAUGAUUGGUAUACUGGAACAUUUUCAAAUAAACAAUCAAUCCGAAAAAAUAUAACAAAUGAUUAAUAAUUUAUAAAGCGCUUCAGAUGAACAGAUCAUAAAAAUGAGAAAUAUAUUAUCAAACUCAUUGUAGUUUUCGAAAGGACAAUAGCAAUAAGAUUAUUUAAUUGAUCAACUAAAAUAAUCGGAUCCUUUUAAUAUUUUCCCAAGUAAAUUCAUUUUGGAAUACCUUAAAAGAGUAAAAGGACAUGUUUCUGAUGAAGCAGUCAUACCAGCUUUAAAGACUCAGUUUUAGGUUAACAUACUAGUAAUCAGCGAAGAUUAUGAAAAAAAGGCUUAUUCAAUAUUAGAUCCGAAGGACAGAGAUUAAAUAAUUUUAUGCAAUUUUGAUAAAUGUUAUUAUGUGAUAUAAAAAGAGCCUGGUCCCUAGUUAUAAAAGUGUCAAUUUUGUUAAAAGCAAAUCUCUGAAGACUAUUAUAAAAUGAAAUGCAAUCAAAUAAUUUGCUAUCAAUGCUUAAAGAAAUUUUUUGAAAAAGGGAAUAAUACUGUGCUUUGCAAGGAGAAAGGCUGCUCUUCCUCAAUAACAUAGAAGGAGUUUCAAAACAUUAUGAACAAACAGAAAGAAAUGGAGAAAUCUUAAAUCAAUUAAUCAAACUUAUAAAAAACUGAGGAAAGUUAAUAAUUUUACAAAACAUUUUGUACUAAAUGCAAAAAUAGAAUGAGUUCGGAUAGCUUACUUUUACCUUUGGGUUGCUCUCAUAGCUUUUGCAAAAGUUGCCUGUAGUAAUGUUUCAGUUUGCUUCCAAGUGGAAUCGCUACAUGCAUUUCACAAGGCUGCAAAGGAAAAUUCAUUUAAAAGGAUUUAGAUUCAUUUAUCAAAGGUUAGAGUAUUAAACAAUCAUAACCACCAUCAUAAAUCCAAAAAAAUGAAUCAUAAAACCUGGGUUAAUAUAUAACUCCAUCAGGUAAUUAAGAACCGGUUUAUUAAUGCGAGGGCUGCUUUAAUUAUUAUUAGUAAUCAUCUAUUUAUACAUCUGAAUGCUUACACAAGUUUUGUAAAAUAUGUUGCGAUAAGGAGAUCUCCAAAAACGUUAGUUGCUUUUAAUGUUACAAAGUAAAUUGUGGAUAUAAGUUGAAAAUUGAUGACAUUUAAAAAUAUUUUUAUAAAAAAAUUAAAGGAAAAACUUUUGGCGAAUGCGCUAAUUGUAAAUAGGAAUGCAAGAUUUUUGAGUCCUUUCAAAAUAGCUGUUAUCAUUUAAUUUGUUAUAGUUGUGUCAAAUAAAUUUACACAGAAGGCCUUAACCCGCAAUGUAGGUAAUGUAAGGCUUCGAUCAAUUCAAAUGAAUUAGAUGAAUACUAUCUACCACAAGCUUCAUAAGAAAUUCAAUAAUUUGAGACUAUUGAAACGAAUAUCAAACCAGCUUCUUCUUGUACAUUUUGUAAUUCUCCUUUUACGGAUUACAAUUUAUAACAAGACAUACCUUGUUCACUUCAUACUCUAGGAUCUUGUUGUGUGAUAUUUCCAUCAAACUGUCCAUAGUGUCAAAUUGGUUCUUUGAUUAUUGAGAAAUGUAAUUUGCAUAUUAAUUUUUAGAAAAACUAAAAUUUUAUUUAUUGCAAAAUAGUAUGGAUAGAUUUUAUUUUGCCUCUGAGAGCUCGAUUAAAUGA